GAGAGAGAGAAUGACUAAACUCUCGGAAAAACCAAAAGGGGAAGUCUGCAAAUAAAGGGAGAGGAGGAGAAACACUAGAAACCACAUGUGGCUGUUAGGAACCAUAAUCCAGCUAUGGAGCGAGACAGAAUUGCUGCUCUGAAACGCUCAUUUGAAGUGGAGGAUGUGGACUCAUCCUCACACUCUUCAUCACCUCACACACGCCGAAUACCAUCCAAUGUUCAGCGUUCAGCCAUGUCUCCGACCAGUGGAAGGUAUUACGAACUGGGCUCCAAUGGGACCAAGCCCCCUGACACCUCGAGGCCCAAGGCACGAACCCCUGAACCUGUGUCACGUAGGACAGAGCUAGGCUUUGACAUCUCAUCCAACAACAACGGCAAAGCUAUUGAAGGAUCUCCCAGUCCUGGAACGGCCCGGUUUGGGCUGAAAAGACCAGAUGUCUUGGGCCACAGUAAGACCCCUGAGACGCAGAAGCACUCAGUCACCUUUAGCAAGACACUGGAGACCAUUGCCCCCAUCACACGUGCAGCAUCUACCAUUGUUCCUCAUGCCAGUGCUAAACUCCCAGAGACCACCUUCAGAAAGAGCGAGCCACCGAGUCCUGGAGAUGGAUCAGCAAGAAAGCAUGAAAUCAGUGUCACCAAAACAACAGACACCAGAGGUCAUGACAGUCUCCACCAUCCGCCGGUUACGACAAGGUGUCCAUCGCCAAAUCACGUAGGACGGAAAUCCCCUGGUUCUGAUGGGCAUAGGCCAGAGGUCAUUACAAGUAUUUACGGCAAUAUGGCAGACGUAGGAAAAACGCCUGUGGCACGGAGUGAGAACACCAGCAGUGAGUUUGGCUAUGUGGGCAUUGAUGCCAUCUUGGAACAGAUGAGGAGGAAAGCUAUGAAACAAGGCUUUGAGUUUAACAUCAUGGUAGUGGGUCAGAGUGGUCUGGGUAAAUCCACACUAAUGAACACACUUUUUAAAUCUAAAGUGAGUCGCAGAUCUGUGAUGACAACUGAGGAAGAGCGAAUUCCCAAGACCAUUGAAAUCAAGUCCAUCAGUCAUGAUAUUGAGGAAAAAGGAGUGAGAAUGAAGCUGACCGUCAUCGAUACACCAGGCUUUGGAGACCAUAUAAACAAUGAGAACUGCUGGCAGCCCAUCAUGAAGUUCAUUAAUGCACAAUAUGAACAGUAUUUACAGGAAGAGAUCAACAUCGACAGGAAGAAGAGGAUUCCAGACUCACGAGUCCACUGCUGCAUAUACUUUAUUCCUCCUACUGGACACUGUUUGCGGCCAAUUGACAUUGAGUUUAUGAGACACCUAAGUAAAGUGGUGAACAUCGUUCCUGUUAUCGCCAAAGCAGACACACUGACCCUGGAGGAGAGAGACUUCUUCAAAAAGAAGAUAAGAGAGGACUUACGAGCCAAUGAAAUCGACAUCUAUCCUCAAAAGGAGUUUGAUGAGGAUGCAGAAGACAGAAUGAUUAAUGAGAAGAUCAGGGAGAUGAUCCCUUUUGCUGUGGUGGGAAGUGAUCAAGAAUAUCAGGUCAAUGGAAAAAGACUUCUGGGAAGGAAAACAAGAUGGGGGACAGUAGAAGUUGAGAACACCACACACUGCGAGUUUGCCUAUUUGCGGGACCUGCUCAUCAGAACUCACAUGCAGAACAUCAAAGAUAUUGCAAGCAGCAUCCAUUACGAGAUGUACCGCGUACGCAGACUCAAUGAGAACAACACACAACCAAACGGCCAGCAAGAAAUCCACGCCAAUGGCGUACCUGAGCAUGAAGUCCUCUCCCAUGAGAUGUAGAUGUUUUUCUGACCAUCCAUCCAUACCUCCAUCAGUCCAUCCAUCUAUCUAUUUCUCCUUCUCUCUCGCAAUUAUCAACAGUCUCUCCUUUCACUCUGCCUUCAUUUUGAAAUCAUUGUGUCAGUUGACUAUUGUUUUACCCCAACAAAUAUUUCUGAUCUGUGGAAUAUGAAUCUAUAAGUGUGUAGCAAAAUGUGAUGUUCUGUAAUGAGAAUUUUAUUAAAGAUGUGUUACUAUGUUUUUUCCACCUCAAUUUUCUCAUUUAUGAUAACUGCUCAGAGCUCAGACACAAUGUCAAAAAUCCAACAUGCCACUAUGCUUAUUCUCUAAGUCUCUAACUUAUUCAUUACAAAAUAACACAUUAAAGGGGUUACAUUUUAAUUAGCCAAUACAUACUGAAUGGCUAUUGGGUAUAAAAAAUGAGGGCGUCUACAGCAUAAAAAUCCAAAUAAAUUAU